AUGAUCCAUCCGGGUGAUCCCUCGACGACUGAUUCAUCUCUGGCCUCGGGCGGGGAGGGGCGGGGAGGGGCGGGGAGGGGCGAGAGGAUCGCCCUGCUGUCGGUGAUGGCGACGGCUGCCGCCCGCGCUUACUGGUCGGGACACAGGCUAGCCAGAGAAGCGUCUCCCCUGUACGGCGACCCCUACCCCCACCAGAGCCGCGGGACUCCCUUCGAGAGCAAGCGGUUCAGGAAGCCCCAGAGCGCCAAGACCUUUGGUGGGUUCGGCUGAUGCAGGGUUGCCGGAAUGCAGGGAUUCAGGGAUGCCGGAGUCAACAUUCACGCACAUCGAGCGUCUAUGGACAUUUUUUUUCUUCAAAUAAAAAACAUAUUUUUUUCAAGCUGCA